AUGAAGGCGGCGCUGAAUAGGGCAGUGGUCUUUCUGUCCGUGUGGCUGUGUGUGUGUCAGGUCAGAGGCCUGUACAUCCCUCAGGAGAUGAACAGAACCCUGCAGAACCUCCGGCAGCACUAUAAAAUUUCAAACCAAGAGUUGUACAACGGAAAGAACGUCUUCUCCAGGGAACCACUGAAAGGAAAAAUUGAGUCCAAGAUGUUGUUCAUGGGGGGCGUCUUAGAGACGUAUGAGAAGCUGAUUGAACACAUGUUGAACCAGCUGCCCACGCCGAGCCCCCUGAUAACCCAGAACAAAGAGAAACCGUCAUCCUCCAUCACGGACAUCUCCAGAACCUCCAGUGACGAGACCGCCGGAGAUAUUGGAUCAAAGCUGGCUUACAUCCUUGGGAAGAUCCAAGAGCUGAAGAAACAUCGUUACCAGGAGCAGAUGAAGGUUCUGCACGGACUGCAGAACCUCAGGCACAUUAAGAUGGACAGCCCCGCGGUUCAGAGCAAAGCGCUGUUCGAGCUGCCGUGGUUCUUCGAGGAGGCGAGCACGCUGGCCGACACCGUCAUGAGGAAGAGACGGCGGCGCCAGGCGAGGGUCAAGCUUCACCAGAGAAGCUGA